AUGUCACCGCCUGCUGUUCCCAGUUUGCCAAACACGGAGGGAGAGUCCAGUUCUUUAGUACUGCACCAGGGAGAGUCCAGUCCUUUAGUGCUGCACCAGGGAGAGUCCAGUCCUUUAGUGCUGUACCAGGGAGAGUCCAGUCCUUUAGUGCUGCACCAGGGAGAGUCCAGUCCUUUAGUACUGCACCAGGGAGAGUCCAGUCCUUUAGUGCUGCACCAGGGAGAGUCCAGUCCUUUAGUGCUGCACCAGGGAGAGUCCAGUCCUUUAGUGCUGCACCAGGGAGAGUCCAGUCCUUUAGUGCUGCACCAGGGAGAGUCCAGUCCUUUAGUGCUGCACCAGGGAGAGUCCAGUCCUUUAGUGCUGUACCAGGGAGAGUCCAGUCCUUUAGUGCUGCACCAGGGAGAGUCCAGUCCUUUAGUGCUGUACCAGGGAGAGUCCAGUCCUUUAGUGCUGUACCAGGGAGAGUCCAGUCCUUUAGUACUGCACCAGGGAGAGUCCAGUCCUUUAGUGCUGUACCAGGGAGAGUCCAGUCCUUUAGUGCUGUACCAGGGAGAGUCCAGUCCUUUAGUACUGCACCAGGGAGAGUCCAGUCCUUUAGUGCUGUACCAGGGAGAGUCCAGUCCUUUAGUGCUGUACCAGGGAGAGUCCAGUCCUUUAGUACUGCACCAGGGAGAGUCCAGUCCUUUAGUGCUGUACCAGGGAGAGUCCAGUCCUUUAGUACUGCACCAGGGAGAGUCCAGUCCUUUAGUGCUGCACCAGGGAGAGUCCAGUCCUUUAGUGCUGUACCAGGGAGAGUCCAGUCCUUUAGUACUGCACCAGGGAGAGUCCAGUCCUUUAGUGCUGUACGAGUCCAUUUCUCAGGUCGAGCUCUGCCUGAGUGAGUCUGACCUCACAGGUGUUGAAGAGGAGCAGAGACUAUCAGGGAAACAGCUGCUUGAUCCCCAAGGCGUCAAUCAGUCUGUUCUGAAUUAA